AUGCCUUCCAACGCCCCUGAACCAGUCAUCGUGGUUGGUGCCAGCCUAGUCGGCCUUUCCGCAGCCCUAUGCCUGGCAUCGCACCAUGUCCCAACUAUUGUUCUGGAGAAGCAUGCCGGUAUUUCCAAGCACCCUCGUGCAAUCGGGUUUACCCCCCGCACCAUGGAAAUCUACCACAAAGUCGGCAUUGAAAACAACGACCCAGCGCCCGCUGACUUUGUCCUCGAACGGGCCCACGUCGAGAGUGUGGCCGGCAAAUGGCACGACAAGUCAUCGUGGUCCGACACGGACACAAAAGCAAAGACAGAAAAACAAACCCCGUUGAUUGUCCAGCCGAAGAUGGAAUACUCGGCUGCUCGUGGUUAUGCCAAUCCUCAAGACAAACUUGAGCCAAUUCUCGAAGCACGAGCACUCCAGCUUGGCGCCGAUAUCCGACGCCAACACAAAGUGCUAAACGUGGAACAAGGUUCAAAUGGAGUCACCGUCACUGUCAAAGAUGACCAAGGAAACACCCAACAAAUCCGAGGAUCAUACCUCAUUGCCGCAGACGGAAAUCGCAGUACCAUACGCGAACUACUCCACAUCCCACGCCAAGGUCGCGGAUUCAUGCAGACAAUCCAAAGCGUACUCUUUCACGCAGAUCUCCAACAAUGGACAAAAGGGAUUCCCCAAUUCGAUAUCAACCAGCCCGGUCUAAAAGCCUUCCUCGCAUCUUACAGCGACGGCCGCUGGGCCCUAAUGUUCAAAGACGAAGUCAAGCGCGACGACGCCGCUCUCCGCGCAGCAAUCUACCAAGCCAUCGGAACCGAGUUUCCCCUAGAAAUCAUCACAACAGCAGAAUGGGAGCUAACAGCUCUAGUCGCCGAUACCUUCCAAUCUGGUCGAAUCUUCCUAGCCGGCGACGCGGCACACACCCUCCCACCUAACCGUGGCGGCUACGGAGCGAAUACUGGCAUCCACGACGUGUACAACCUCGCGUGGAAACUUGCCGCUGUUCUUUCAGGACAAUCCGAGCCGAGGAUUCUGGAUACGUAUACUGAGGAGAGGAGACCUGUUGCGCUGCUGCGACAUGAUCAGAUCUUCGUUCGUGCGGACUACAAGGUACAUCUUGAUACCGCUGUACCGGCUGGCGAAAAGAUAGAUGAUGAUGCAAUGGAAUUUGGACAGAUUUAUCUUUCCGAUGGAAUAAUCGGUGCGGAUGGUGGUUUGCCGAGGGCCUUGAAGCCUGAUGAGUGGAGGGGCCAGCCGGGGACUCAUCUGCCUCAUUUCUGGGUUGAGAGAGAUGGACAGAGGGUUCCGAUUCUUGAUGUUGUUGGUGUGGAUUGGACUUUGAUCUCGGCUGAAAGGUGGACUGGGCCUGUGGCUGAGGUCAAUAAGAGGUCUUCUAUUAAAAUUCGAUCGGUUCGGCUUGGAGUUGAUGUUUUGCUCCUUGGACAGAUUGAUCUUGAGUUGUUAUUGGGUAUCUCUGAUAGUGGAGCGGUGCUUGUUCGACCUGAUGGGUAUAUUGCUUGGAGAUCAGUGGAGCUGCAGGCUGAUGCUGGGAACAUACUUGGUUCUGCGCUGUGUCGGGCUUCGUUUCGAGUUGCCGACCUUUAG